AAAAAAUGGUGCAAUAUGAAACAUAUAAAAAAAUCAAAAUUAAUACAAAUUAAACAAGAAUUUGUAAAUUUAAACAAUACAUUUUUAAAACUUGGUGUAUCUGUUAACGAUUUAGAGGAUGAAUGUUUUAAAAACCCUACGAAAUUGCUUCAAAAAUCAUCAAAUUAUUUUUGGUGUUUCCUACCAAUUUUAUUCACCUUUAUAUGUAUUUUAUACCAAAUUAACUUAUACAAUAAUUUAUUAAAUUAUUUUGCGGGGGUAAGAUGUAUAAUCCCAAAUAACUAUAUUAUUUGGGAGGCUACUCGUCCUAUUUCUGAUUGUAAUUAUUGUUUGAACGUAAGCAAGCCAAUAAUUUUAAAAAAUGUUUCAAGAAAUGAAUUUGCACCUUAUGCUUACACUUCAAAGCCUGUAAUAGUCAGAGAAGCAGUUUUACAUUGGCCAGCUAUUAACAUAUUUAAUUUUACAUUUUUUAAAAAUCUUUAUGAGAAUACAGAAGGUGGUUAUAAAAGUGUGGAUGAAGAAUGUCAAUUUCUUCAUUUCAAAUCAAAUUUUAUUUGUUUACGUGAUGUUUUUUCUAUGAGCGAGUCUCGAAUAAAUAAUGAUAAAGGAGAGAAAUCUUGGUAUGUUGGAUGGGGAAAUUGCCACAAUCAAAUUUUACAAGAAAUGAGAAAAUAUUAUCCAAAGCCACAUUUCUUGCCUGAGGAUUGUGAAAUCCCAUCAAAAGAGUAUGUUUUUAUGGGAUAUGAUGAUGGCGCAACAAUGCAUUUGGAUUUUAUAAGCCGUCUUAUGUGGCAGGCUCAACUUAAAGGAUCUAAAAAGUGGAUAUUGAAACCUUCCCCAGAGUGUGACAGUAUUUGUGAAACCUUAUCAUUUAUUGUUAACCCUGGUGAUGCUGUUUUAAUUGAUACAAGAGUGUGGUAUCAUCAAACAAUUAUAAAGCCAGGAGAAUUUAGCUUAUCCAUAACUUCUGAGUAUGGAUAAAAAGAAUUUAAUACAUUAAAAAAUGCAAUUUUUAUUAUAUUCAUUCAGUAGAAUUGUAUAUCAAUUGAUGUAGUGCCAUUUUAAAUCAUUAUUUAAAAUAAUAAUUAUAUUAUUUAUUAUUUACAAACAGGAUUUUGUGUCAAUAUUUAUGUAAUUAUGAUUAAUGUUUAAACUUUAUGAUACAUUUUAUAUGUCAAAAUGUAGUAUAUUUAAAUUUAGUACAAAAUUAGUUUGUAGUAUACGUAUCUUGCCUCUUUAAAGUGCCAUUUUUUGCAAUACUUUUUAAAAUGUACAAAUGGUUUUUUUAAAUAAAAAUUUAAAUAAG